AUGCGGGGCGCUGCCGCCUGGGCGCUGCUGGUGGCCGCGGCCCUGGGGCUCGGGGCGCGCGGGGCGCGGGGCGCGGUGCCGUUGGCCGACUUCUUCCCGUUCGGCGCGGAGCGCGGCGACGCCCUCACCCCCAAGCAGGACGACGGCGGCUCCGGGCUGCGGCCGCUCUCCGCGCCCUUCCCGUUCUUCGGCGCCCAGCACUCGGGGCUCUACGUAAACAAUAAUGGGAUCAUCUCCUUCCUGAAGGAGGUCUCACAGUUCACCCCUGUGGCCUUCCCCAUCGCCAAGGACCGCUGCGUGGUGGCGGCCUUCUGGGCUGACGUGGACAACCGGCGUGCAGGCGACGUGUACUACCGGGAGGCCACAGACGCGGCCACACUGCGCAGGGCCACUGAGGCUGUCAGACGCUACUUCCCUGAACUCCACGACUUCACGGCCACCUGGGUCUUCGUGGCCACCUGGUACCGAGUGACCUUCUUCGGUGGGGGCUCUUCUUCCCCGGUGAACACCUUCCAGACCGUGCUUAUUACGGACAGCAAGUUGUCCUUCACCAUCUUCAACUACGAGUCCGUCACCUGGACCACUGGGACGCACGCCAGCAGCGGGGGGGACGCCAACGGCCUGGGGGGCAUCGCGGCCCAGGCCGGCUUCAACGCGGGUGACGGCCAGCGUUACUUCAACAUCCCCGGCUCCCGCACAGCGGACAUGGCGGAGGUGGAGACCACCACCAACGUGGGCGUGCCCGGGCGCUGGGCGUUCCGAAUCGAUGGGGCCCAGGUGCGCGUGGGGGGCUGCGGCCAUACAACCUCCGUGUGCCUGGCCCUGCGCCCCUGCCUCAAUGGCGGCAAGUGCAUUGAUGACUGUGUCACAGGCAAUCCCUCCUACACUUGCUCCUGCCUGGCAGGCUUCACGGGCAGGAGGUGCCAUCUGGAUGUGGACGAGUGUGCUUCCCACCCAUGUCAGAACGGCGGGACCUGUACCCACGGCGUUAAUAGCUUCAGCUGUGAGUGCCCAGCUGGCUUCAGGGGGCUCACCUGUGAAACAGCUUGGUCACCCUGUGAAGAGACCGAGUGCCAACACGGAGGCCGGUGCCAAGAGGAAGGAGGUUCUGCAGUUUGUGUGUGCCAGGCUGGGUACACAGGGGCUGUCUGCGAGACAGACAUGGAUGAGUGCAGCUCUGCCCCCUGCCUGAAUGGAGGCUCCUGUGUGGACCUGGUGGGCAACUACAGCUGUGUGUGUGCUGAGCCCUUCGAGGGACCGCGCUGCGAGACAGGAAGCCACCCAGUGCCGGAUGCCUGCCUGUCCACCCCGUGCCAGAACGGGGGCACCUGUGUGGAUGUGGAGCAAGGCUACAUGUGCGAGUGCCCUGAAGGCUUCCUGGGCCUGCACUGCAGGGAAGGAACCCCUGACGAGUGUGAGUGCCGCAACGGAGGAAGGUGCCUGGGUGCCAAUGCCACUCUCUGCCAGUGCCCCCCGGGCUUCUUUGGGCUCCUCUGUGAGUUUGAAGUCACGGCCACACCCUGCAACAUGAACACACAGUGCCCGGAUGGGGGCUACUGCAUGGAGUACGGCGGGACCUACCUCUGUGUCUGCCACACGGACCACAAUGUCAGCCACUCUCCGCCAUCUCCCUGCGACUCAGAUCCCUGCUUCAAUGGAGGUUCCUGUGACGCCCACGAAGACUCCUACACGUGCGAAUGCCCACGAGGGUUCCAUGGCCGGCAUUGCGAGAAAGCCCGGCCACACCUGUGCAGCUCGGGGCCCUGCCGGAACGGGGGCACAUGUAAGGAGGCAGGCGGCCAGUACCAGUGCAGCUGCCCCUACCGUUUCACCGGGAGGCACUGUGAGAUCGGAAAACCGGACUCCUGUGCCUCUGGCCCUUGCCACAAUGGUGGCACCUGCUUCCACUACAUCGGCAAAUACAAGUGUGACUGUCCCCCAGGCUUCUCCGGGCGGCACUGUGAGAUAGCCCCUUCCCCUUGUUUCCGGAGCCCGUGUGUGAAUGGAGGCACCUGUGAGGACCUGGGCACAGACUUCUCCUGCCACUGCCGGGAGGGUUACACAGGACGCCGCUGCCAGGCAGAAGUGGACUGCGGCCCCCCUGGUGAGGUGAAGCAUGCCACACUGCACCUCAACAGCACCCGGCUGGGCGCCGUGGCCCUGUACACCUGCAACCUUGGCUACAGUCCGAGCUCCGCCAGCCUGGCUCGUGUCUGCCAGCCGCAAGGCAUUUGGAGUGAGCCUCCACACUGUCACGAAAUCGAUGAGUGCCAGUCCCAGCCAUGCCUGCAUGGGGGCUCCUGCCAGAACCAUGGUGCCGGCUACCUGUGCCUCUGCAACAGAGGGUAUGAGGGCGUCCACUGUGAACUGGACACUGAUGAGUGUCGGGGUCAACCCUGCACAAACGGAGGCACCUGCAGGGACCUCCCUGGGGCCUUUGCCUGCCUGUGCCCCAAGGGCUUCACCGGUGUCUACUGUGAGUCAGAGCUGGAUGCCUGCGCCUGCAGCCCCUGCCAGCAUGGAGGCCGCUGUGAGAACGGGGGUGGAGCCUACCUGUGCGUCUGCCCCGAGGGCUUCUUUGGUUACCACUGUGAGACAGCAAGCGACCCCUGUUUCUCCAGCCCCUGCGGGGGCCGCGGCUACUGCCUGGCCAGCAACAGGUCCUACAGCUGCACCUGCAAAGUGGGCCACACGGGCAAGGACUGCGCCACGGAGCUCUUCCCGCCGACGGCCCUCAAGGUGGAGCGGGUAGAGGAGAGUGGGGUCUCCAUCUCCUGGAAGCCCCCUGAGGGUCCCAUGGCCAGGCAGGUGCUGGACGGCUACGCAGUCACCUACGUCUCAUCUGACGGCUCCUAUCGCCGCACGGACUUUGUGCACGGCAGCCGCUCCACUCACCAGCUCCGGGCACUGGCUGCUGGCCGAACCUAUAACAUCUCCGUCUUCUCCGUGAAGCGAAAUGCCAACAACAAGAACGACAUCAGCCGGCCAGCCAUGCUGCUCGCCCACACGCGACCCCGCCCUGUGGAGGGCCUUGAGGUCACCAACGUGACAGCCAGUGCGAUCUCGGUGCGGUGGGCUCUCCAUCGCAUCCACCACGCCACCGUCAGCAGGGUCCGCGUGUCCAUCCGGCACCUCGAGACUCUUGAGGCCCAGACCAUGGAGGCAGACAGAAGUGUGGAAAGGCUCACGUUUGGGUCCCUGCUGCCGGGGAGGAGGUACACAGUCCAGGCGACCACCCUCAGCGGGUUCGGGGGAGAGGAGCCCCCCACCGAGAGCCUGGCCUCGGCACCUGUGCACGUGUGGACACGGCCCCUGCCUCCAGCAAAUCUGACAGCCUCCAGGGUCACAGCCACCUCUGCCCAUGUGGUCUGGGACGCCCCCACUGCAGGCGCCUCUCUGGAAGCCUAUGUCAUCAACGUGACCACCAGCCAGAGCACCAAGAGCCGCUAUGUCCCCAACGGGAAGCUGACCUCCUACACGGUGCGGGACCUGCUGCCUGGGCGGCGGUACCAGCUUUCAGUGACGGCUGUGCAGGGCUCAGAGCAGGGCCAGCUGCACAGCGACCCCACACACCUCUACAUCAUCACCUCCCCCAGGGACAGCCCCGAACGCCGCUGGCACCAGGGCGGCCACCACCCACGGGGACUCAGACAUAGGCCUCCCCUGCGCCUGCCGGAGCUGCGGCUGCUCAGUGAUGGUGGCGCCCCUGAGGAGCCCACACAGCUCCCCAGGUUCUCAGAGCUGGUGGACGGCAGAGCAAGAGUGAGCUCCAGGUUCCACAACUCACUCAGCAAGGCAGAACCCACCACUGCAGUGCCACCCAGGAACGCAGAGGCUGCUCCCGAACAGGCCCGCCUGGCCCUUCUGCUCCAAGAGAACAGCAACAAGGGCGCAGAGAACACCCCCAGGAACUGCUCAGAAAACCCUUGUCACAACGGAGGGACCUGUGUGCCAGGUGCUGAAACUUACAGCUGUGACUGUGCACCAGGGUUCAAGGGCAGACACUGCGAGCUAGCCUGCAGGAAGGUGCCCCGGCCCUGCACCCGGCUCUUCUCAGAGACCAAGUCAGUUCCGGUCUGGGAGGGAGGCGUCUGCCAUCACGUGUACAAGAGAGUCUACAAGGUGCACCCCGACAUCUGCUUCCAGGAGAGAUGCGCGAGCCCAAGCCGCACGCAGCCCUCAGCCCGGUGCCGCCCCGACGAGGCCGCUGCCUCCUGCAUGUAG